AUGCUGAAGACACCAAGCACCCAAUGCUGGUCGCUAUUAUUGAUCAUUUCGUUGAUCUUGACGUUUUUUUUUAUGUUCACCUAUGGACAGUUCGUGCCGCGUCAACUGCAUUUUUGGAACCUCUUCGGAUUCAUGCGGAAUAAUGGCAGUGAGAUUGAGGAGUCUGCGCCACAGCUGGAGUUCUUUAUGCCGCCAGAGCCAGUUGAGAAGCAGCUGAAACUCAAGCGUGGUGCGCCUUUUAUAUAUCAGAUAUUGCACUAG